AUGGCUGCCUCCCUGCAGGUCUCGCCGCGGAUACAGGAAGUCCGGGACCUGGCCAAGCAGGACCCAUCCAAGGCCGCCAACAGUUAUCAGAAGAUUCUCUCUGAGGGCCCAGGGUCGACAGAGGCUUCGUCGCGAGAUUAUGAGCAUGCAUUGAUUGGACUGGGCCAGUUGCACCGGGAUGCCAAGAAGCCACAGGAGAUUGCAGACCUCAUCAAGACCAGCCGGGACACCUUCUCGUCAUUCGCCAAAGCGAAGACAGCCAAGUUGGUCCGCCAACUUCUGGACCUCAUCAGCGAAAUCCCCAAUACCCUCGACCUCCAAAUUGCCGUCAUCCAAUCAUGCAUAGAGUGGGCCAUUGCCGAGCGACGGUCGUUCCUUCGACAGAACCUCCAAGCGCGCCUGGUCGCCAUCUAUAUGCAAAAGCAAACCUACUACGAUGCUCUCACCCUCAUCAACUCCCUGCUCCGUGAGCUGAAGCGCCUGGAUGAUAAGCUCAUGUUGGUGGAGGUGCAGCUGCUUGAGUCGCGUGUGUACCAUGCCCUAGGUAAUCAAGCUAAGGCUCGUGCCGCUCUCACAGCAGCACGAACGUCCGCUGCAUCUGUUUACACGCCACCGAAUCUUCAGGCUGGUUUGGACAUGCAGAGUGGCAUGCUGCACGCCGAGGACAAGGAUUUCAACACCGCAUUCUCAUACUUCAUUGAGGCUCUGGAGGGAUAUAACUCGCUUGAUGAAGGAGAUUUAGCUACAGCAGCUCUGCAGUACAUGUUGCUGUGCAAGAUUAUGCUGAACCUUGUUGAUGAUGUCACUCAUCUCCUGGGCUCUAAGCAGGCCCAGAAGUAUGCCAGCCCCCGCCUGGAGGCUAUGAAGUCAGUAGCGCGAGCUCAUGCCAACCGCUCCCUGGAAGAAUAUGAGAAGGCGCUCUCCGACUACCGGUACGAACUCGGCAGUGACACAUUUAUCCGGAAUCAUCUACGCCGUCUCUACGAUGCCAUGCUGGAGCAGAACUUAAUCAAGGUCAUUGAGCCAUUCAGCCGGGUCGAACUGGACCAUAUCGCCAAGAUGGUGGGUCUGGAUACCCAACAGGUGGAGCGGAAACUGUCCCAGAUGAUCCUGGACAAGGUGAUCAUCGGUGUACUGGAUCAGGGGUCGGGAUGUCUGAUUGUGUACGAUGAGACGGAACGUGACCAGGCAUACGAUGCUGCGCUGGACACAAUCGAGAAGCUCAGCAACGUUGUGGAAGGACUGUAUACUAACCAGGCAUCGCUCCUGGAGUAG